GAAACCUGCUCUGGGGAUAUAAUCGUCUGGUUGCUGUUCUGCGACUGCUGCUGCUGUUGCUGCCGCUGCUGUUGUUGUUGUGUUUUUUUUAUAUUUCUAUGUUAUUAUAAUAUAAAAUAUACAGAGAAAACAGGCGAGAUGGCAGAACCAGCUGAAUGCAGCAUUAAAGUCAUGUGCAGAUUCAGGCCACUGAGCCAAGCAGAGAUUUUGAGAGGAGACCAGUUCAUCCCGAAAUUCAAAGGAGAUGAUACAGUCACUGUUCUGGGGCAAGGAAAACCGUUCAUGUUUGACAAAGUGUUUCCCUCGAACACAACCCAGGAGCAAGUUUACAACGCAUGUGCCAAGCAGAUUGUCAAAGAUGUGCUCGAUGGUUACAAUGGCACGAUUUUCGCUUAUGGCCAAACCUCCUCUGGCAAAACACAUACGAUGGAGGGAAAGCUUCAUAAUACCCACCUGAUGGGAAUCAUUCCAAGAAUAGCGCACGACAUCUUUGAUCACAUCUACUCCAUGGAUGAAAACCUAGAGUUUCACAUUAAGGUUUCCUACUUUGAGAUCUAUUUGGACAAAAUCCGCGAUUUACUAGAUGUUUCAAAGACCAACCUUUCCGUGCAUGAGGACAAGAACAGAGUGCCAUAUGUUAAGGGUUGUACAGAGAGAUUUGUCUCCAGUCCUGAAGAAGUAAUGGACGUUAUUGAUGAAGGAAAGGCUAACCGCCAUGUAGCAGUCACAAACAUGAACGAACACAGUUCUCGAAGCCACAGCAUCUUCCUCAUCAACAUCAAGCAGGAGAACGUGGAGACGGAGAAGAAACUCAGUGGGAAACUGUACCUCGUUGACUUGGCCGGUAGCGAAAAGGUCAGCAAAACCGGAGCUGAAGGAGCUGUCCUUGAUGAAGCGAAAAACAUCAAUAAGUCUCUCUCCGCUCUAGGAAAUGUGAUCUCCGCACUGGCCGAGGGAACUAAAUCGCACGUUCCGUACCGUGACAGUAAGAUGACCAGAAUUCUCCAAGAUUCCCUCGGUGGAAACUGCCGAACGACCAUAAUCAUCUGCUGCUCACCCUCCAGUUACAAUGACGCCGAGACAAAGACCACCCUCAUGUUUGGGCAGAGAGCAAAGACCAUCAAGAACACUGCAUCUGUCAACUUGGAGUUAACGGCAGAGGAAUGGAAGAAGAAAUAUGAGAAGGAAAAGGAGAAGAACAAGUCUCUGAAGAAUGCGCUUCAGCAUCUGGAGAUGGAACUGAAUAGAUGGAGGAACGGAGAAUCUGUGCCCGAAGAUGAGCAGAUUGAUGCCAAGGAGGAGAAGAACCUGGAGCCGUGUGACAACCAGACGACCAUCGAUAAUGUCGUCCCGGUGGCCAAGAUAACAGCCGGCGAGAGGCUGAAGCUAGAGGAGGAGAUCAGCAAUUUGUACAAACAGCUCGACGAUAAGGAUGAAGAAAUUAAUCAGCAAAGUCAACUGACCGAGAAGCUGAAGCAACAGAUGCUGGAUCAGGAAGAGCUGUUGGUCUCCACGCGGAGAGACUAUGAGAAGAUCCAGGAGGAACUGAACCGGCUGCAGUUGGAAAACGAGGCCGCCAAGGACGAGGUGAAAGAGGUGCUUCAGGCCCUGGAGGAACUGGCCGUCAACUACGACCAGAAAUCCCAGGAGGUCGAGGACAAGACCAACUCCAACGAGCUGCUGACGGAGGAACUGGCACAGAAGACGAGUGCCUUGAUCGCCGUACAGAAGGAGUUCAGUCAACUGCAGGAGCUCAGUAACCAUCAAAAGAAGAGGGCGACCGAGAUCCUGAAUCUUCUCCUCAAGGACCUGGGAGAGAUAGGCGGCAUCAUCGGCAACAGUGAGAUAAAAUCGAUGACUGAAGUGAACGGAAUGAUAGAGGAAGAGUUCACGGUUGCGCGCCUGUUCGUCAGCAAGAUGAAGUCGGAGGUGAAGACCUUGGUGAAGAGAUCCAAACAGCUGGAGGGCACACAGCUGGACUGCAACAAGAAGAUGAACGAGAACGAAAGGGAACUGGCUUCCUGCCACCUGCUGGUGUCUCAGCACGAAGCCAAGAUCAAGUCCCUGACGGAUUACACGCAGAACAUGGAGCAGAAGAGAAGACAGCUCGAGGAAUCUCAUGAUUCGCUCAACGAGGAGUUAGCUAAACUCCAUGCCCAAGAAAAGAUGCAAGAAGUCUCCUUCCAGGAUAAAGAGAAGGAACAUCAGAGCCUGCUUCAGGAUGCGAACGAAAUGAAGAAAACCCUGGAAGAACAAAUGGAGAACCACAGAGAGGCCCAUCAGAAACAACUCGCUCGCCUCAGGGACGAGAUCGAAGAAAAACAGAAAAUCGUCGAUGAAUUUAGGGAUUUGAAUCAGAAACUGGUGCUCGAGCAGGAAAAACUGAACUCUGAUUUUGAGAAGCUGAAAAUGGACGAAUGUGAAAAAAGUAUGGAACUUCAGAAACUUGUACUCCUCAAUGAUAAAAGAGAGCAAGCCAAACAGGACCUCAAAGGGCUGGAGGAGACAGUUGCGAAAGAACUUCAAACCCUCCACAACCUCCGAAAACUUUUUGUCCAAGACCUCACCACAAGGGUCAAGAAAAGCGCUGAAUUGGAUUCCGAUGAUGGUGGUGGGAGUGCUGCGCAGAAGCAGAAAAUUUCCUUUCUUGAGAACAACUUGGAGCAGCUUACAAAAGUUCACAAGCAGCUGGUACGUGACAAUGCAGAUCUUCGCUGUGAGCUUCCUAAGCUGGAGAAACGACUUCGGGCUACGGCUGAGAGAGUCAAGGCACUGGAGAGUGCACUGAAAGAAGCCAAGGAGAACGCCAUGAGGGAUCGCAAGCGAUACCAACAGGAGGUCGACCGAAUCAAAGAGGCGGUGCGAGCCAAAAACAUGGCCAGAAGGGCACAUUCCGCUCAGAUUGCCAAACCUAUUCGUCCCGGUCACUAUCCAGCUUCCUCUCCAACGACCAUUCAUACGCUUCGUGGUGGUGGCAUUUCUGUGACUUUGAACCCUAGUUACUAUCACAACAAGGAGAAGUAGUUGUGAUUUCGGGCCCAGCAUGCAUUAAUGGCCUAAGACCAACACGCCAACCUUACAAGAGAGACCUGCGUUUUAACCAUAUGCAUUCUUCGGAACUGUAGUCAUAGUGCAUCGGCUUUCCAUGGGAUCAAACCUUCACAAGCUAAAUAUGUAUAGACCUGUAUUCAUCCUACUUCACCUAGCCUCAUGAAUCAUUAAAUGUACGUGUGUGUGUGUGUGUGUGGGUGUCUAUGUGUGUGUGUUUGUGUAUGA